CGAGCACUCCUGUUGUCUUUGAAUAAACGCGACGCAAAGCAUUCGCUUCGAAUGGGCAAAUAUAAAAAGUACCAUAAUCAUUAUAUUUAAUAGUAUUUUGUUUUACACAAUGGUUAAACAAACUAUUCAAGUCUUCGCCCGCGUAAAACCGACAAAGAAACCCACCACGGUGUACUCUGUGGACUGUGAGGAGCAGGGCGACAGUUUGGAGUUUGUAGUCCCCAGAGACUUGGCAGAUGGUUUUGUCAACAACAAGAAGGAAAACUACAAAUUUAGGUUCCAGAAGGUUUUCGAAAGAACAAUCAAUCAAGAGGAAAUUUUUGAGGCUAUUGCGAAGCCUGUUGCUGAUAAGUGAUAAAAUGUCAUCGGUACUUUCCUUAUCAAUUCGAAUGAAGAUGAUCAAGCCGAUACAUCAACUUUGCCAGCGCGACUUGAGCAGGAUGUAAAGGAUUG